AUGGAUUACUCGCAGGCAGCCUACUUUGCGGGGGCCCAGGCGCCCUAUCACCAGUUCCCCAUCAACAUCCCCCCUCUGACGCCCUCACAUUCCAACUCGGCUGGCUCUGAGGACUUCAACACCACGUCGCCACCAGAUGCCUUCGACCACUACCCCGGCGAACAGUUCCAGAAUUUCGAUCAAUACGCAGCCCAGUUCAACCCACCGACUGCGUUCCCCGGGCCUCCUACGCCGCCGAAUCAACAUCCUGUCGCCCAUAAUGGCCAGUCUCAGACCAACCGCGGCGUAAAUGGCGGCGGCGGCGCCGUGGUCAAACCAUCACAGCCCGAUGGGUUGUCCCUGAGCACCAAGCCGGAGCCAGUUGUGGAUCUGGAUUCUGGCCGCCAGGGGUCGAACUCGGCGGAGGAAGAUGACCUCACACCUGCCCAGUCAAGGCGCAAGGCUCAGAAUCGCGCUGCUCAGCGAGCCUUUAGGGAGCGGAAAGAGCGGCAUGUCAAGGACCUCGAAGCGAAGCUCGCCUCCCUGGAAGCCGCACAGCACGAGACCGCGUCUGAGAAUGAGAAGCUGAAGCGCGACCUCCAGAAGAUGAGCACGGAAAAUGAGAUCCUGAAGGCCACCUCCUCGAUCAACGGCGGCCACUCGCCCGGCCACGGCGGCGCGCCGGUAACGACCGGGCCCCUGCAGUACAACCCAACCGACUUCUACACAAACGUCCUGUCCCAACACCCGAACAAAACGCCGAGCCACCGCAUCGUCACCAGCGACAGCGGCGAGCGGCUCUACGCGGCCGGCGCGACAUGGGACUACAUUAUUAGCCACGACUUGUACAAGAGAGGCCUGGUGGACAUUGCGGACAUCAGCAACCGGCUGAAGCACCUAGCCAAAUGUGACGGGCAAGGGCCGGUCUUCGAGGAGAAAGCUAUCCUCGAAGCCAUCGAGGAGAGCGUCGCUUCCGGGAGCGACGAGCUGCUCUGA